AAUGCAUUAGAAUAUGAAAUCCUUUGCUGCCUGUAAGGAUUUUGUCUUAUUGCUGAAGCUCCUGUAAUGCUUCAAGUUGAGUUACUAAGUGCAAUGAGUGCUCUGAAUCAACAGCUCUGGAGUUCAGCAAGGGAAGUUGUGAUUUUCAUGGACUGACUCUGUUUAGCCGGUCAUAAUUUGUAGCUGCAAAGGUGCUGGGUAUGGGAUUUGUUUUGGAAAAAAAAAACACUUUUUAUUUUAAAUCAAUUUUUUCUUUUUAUAUUUCAUUCAACUUUUUUUUACGCUGUGGACAAUAAGAACGGUUUUUACUUUGAUCUUUGAAUCGGUAGGAAGAAUCAACAGUGCAUGUCAGAGUAAUGAAAUGUUAUUUAUAAGGAAGUCGGGACCACAUGCUGCUGGAUCUAAUGUAUUGCCAUGACCACCCAGGAAUCUUUGUAACCUGAAUUACUCUAUACCAUGAAGACCGUAUUCUCUGUGCUGCUUUUAACUUUUCCUCUCCUGCUCAUCGUUAAUGGAUUUUCAGAAUGUAAAUUACAAAUAGAGCUAAAAGAUGAAGAAAGAAAAUGCACGGAAAAGCUGAUCAGGCAGAGAACUGCUGGGUUUAGCGGAUGUUUGGGAGUAUGGGAUAAUGUAACAUGCUGGGACCAAGCUAAAUUUGGAGAAACCGUCACGCAGUCUUGCCCUUUAGUGCUACGACAUUUCUUCAGCAAAAAUGGAAAUAUAAGCAGAACCUGCACAACGAUAGGUUGGACUGAUCCAUUUCCAGAUAUUGUUGAUGCAUGUGGGCACAAUGAAAAUAUAACACGAGAUCCUGAGCUGUCUUUUUAUAUCAUAGUGAAAGCUAUCUAUACGUUUGGUCACAGUGCUUCACUUAUAGCACUCACAAUAGGAAGUGCAAUUCUUUGUUUAUUUAGAAAGCUGCAUUGUACAAGGAACUACAUUCAUCUGAAUCUGUUUCUCUCAUUUAUUUUGAAAGCUAUUUCUGUAUUAGUGAAGGAUGAUUUUCUAUACUCCAGUUCAUAUUCCUGUCCUGACUCUCUGGUUGGCUGCAAGAUUAUUUUAGUGUUUGUUCAUUAUUGUGUGACAGCAAAUUUCUACUGGUUACUGGUGGAAGGACUUUACCUACAUACACUCCUUGUGGUGAUCUUCUCUCCAAACAGACAUUUUACUAUAUACCUGUUUAUUGGAUGGGGUAUCCCCACCAUAUGUAUUAUUGUGUGGAUUGUGACAAGAAUUUAUUUAGAGGACACUGGAUGCUGGGAUACCAAUGAGCACAGCAUCCCAUGGUGGGUUAUAAGGAUACCAAUCAUCAUUUCUAUCAUUGUAAACUUCUGUCUAUUUAUUAAUAUCAUUCGAAUCUUACUGCAGAAGCUAAGAUCUCCUGACGUAGGGGGCAAUGACCAAUCCCAGUUUAAGAGGCUCACAAAAUCCACCCUUCUGCUUAUACCAUUGUUUGGAGUCCACUACAUGGUAUUCACUGUUUUCCAGAUGCCCAGUUUCAGUGAAUGUCAGAUAUAUUUCGAGCUUUGUGUUGGGUCAUUUCAGGGACUGGUUGUGGCCAUUCUGUACUGCUUUUUAAACACAGAAGUCCAAGGAGAGCUAAAGAGAAAAUGGGGGAGUUUUUAUCUGAACCAGUACCUAAGCCGAGACUAUCGUCUGCACAGCCUAUCAAUUUCACGGAAUGGCUCAGAGUGUGUUCCACAAUUUCACCGAAACUCAAGAGCACCAUCCAUCAUGCAAACUGAAACUUCCAUCAUAUAAUUAGUAUAUCUACGAAAUGAAAUAUUCCAGCGUAAGGACUGCUGAAAAUUCUGCGCAGCUAAAUUUGGUAACAGUGAAAAAGAACUAUACCUUUAAGUGUUUUAUUUCAAAUCUGAUGACCAACAAAUUUUUCUAUGAACUUUGGGACUUAAUGUUGCACUUAUCACUCUAUCAGCUAUUUCGAUCAUGCAAUUCUUAUCAUGUAAUUUAUUAUGUUUGUGUAUUACUUUUAUGUUUUGUGGAACAUAUUAUGUUGAGUAUUAAACUGUAUAGUUUAUUUGUAUGGACUCAAUGUAGGCUGGCAGAUAAUUAUGCAUUAUGUAUAUUUGGGUGCCAUUUAUCUAGUGUUAGAAAUUAUCUCUGGCUUAAUAAUUCCUUCAACUAUUAUGGUCUUUUUUACUUUGUCAAAUACACAGGUGUUUUAACUGGUUUUGCAUGUCUAAAGGGGUUUGUAGAUAUUUCAUUCCAAACUGCUGCUGUCAUAAUUUUCCAAAACUAAGGACAUGUUGAUGUACAGUACGUGGAGCUAAAGAGAUUAACAAAUCACAGUAUCAGAAAUGUGCCAUAGCAAAUCAUGCGAACAAUCAUCAGAUUUUCCUCGUUGUUUCACAGCAAACCGUAACCGACGAAGGCAAAUUUGUACGAAAAUUCAAGGCAUGUUUUUGUUGUUUAUUGUUUCUGAUCAUGCGCAGUCUUUCAUUUAAGAUUUUUCUCAUACAAAAAUCGUACGAAAACGGUAUACAUUGAAUGAAAAUCAUUCAUUC